CCCCACUUUGCCAGCUGUGCAUGUUUUGAUGAAAUUCAUGUUUGUUUCGCAACCGAUCAAAAGCAAGUUGUGCGCACCAUCGUAGAGGAUUAGGUGAAAAGUUGAAAAUUCCAUGAAUAAGCACACAACAAAUGUUUGGCGUACACACAAAUCGAAAACAAAAUUAGAUCUGCGUACGUGAAUCAUCAUUGAGACGAAACAAGUUGUGAAACGCUAGACAAAGGGAGGCGGCCGUAGGCAUGGCACGUUCAGCACAAGAUGCUCUGGCUGUAUUGCGAGGCAUACAACUGGUAGCGGAGGCGUUGUGUCGCGAGCAGAGCGCACAGUGUAAACAGCGUUGGAUUCAGUCGAGUAUACGCGAGCUAUUGCAGGGAAAUUUUCAACAGAGCGCAAAUUAUUUGCAGCAAGUAGGCACACAACCAACGGAGGAGCUGAAAAAGUUGCAACAAUUGCUACAGGAAACUAGUGAGCGCACGUGCGUUGUAAUAGAGGGAUUGCGACAAUUGAGCCUUUCCAAAGUGCCUAACGAAUUGCGUAUGACUCAGCAGACGUUGCAGCGAGCAAUGAGUGAUGUAAUUGGUGAUGCGGGUAUUGGCAAGACUGCUGGAGAGGGUGGUGCUGUGAAACCCAGUGGAACAGUCAAUUUUAGUAGCAGCAAUGCUGGUGCUGCCAACGCUGGCAAGACCGGUAGUCCUUUGGAUGCAACACAGCUAGACAUAUCGUCCAUUACACUACAGGAAUUGGAGGAAAUACUUUCGAAACGUAAUAAAAAUCGUGAUAUUAGCUUGCGUACGCCAUCCACAGAGCAUAAGCAAGUGAAAGAUACUAGUGUGCAACCAACGGAAGCAGUUACAGUAGCAGCUGGUAAAACGCCAACGAAGGCAACAACAAGCGCAGAUACCACAGCGACCGCAACAUCUACCACAACGGCUGCCGCGACUCCAAUUUCAUCUGAUGCAUUGAGAGCAGACACAGUGUAUGUAGAAAAUAUAUUAAAAACAAUUGCCGGAGACACAUCUGCGCCGGACUCUGGAAGCACAACUUCCAUCGAAUUGCCCACCUUGAGCAAAGUGGCCAAACAACGACGUGUUCCGUCCAGUCGUUUGGGACGUAUGGUUUCGUUUGGUGGUCUUUUUGCUGGUCUAGGUGUCGGCACUAUAAACGAAUUAACUAAGGGCGCACUUGGUUUAGGCGGCUCGAAAAACUUGAAGGAGGCCCUACUAAGUCCAGCUAAUGCGGAACGAAUUGUCGACACACUUUGCAAGGUGCGCGGUGCAGCGUUGAAAAUCGGCCAAAUACUAAGUAUACAGGAUUCGAAGGUGGUGUCACCACAGCUGGCUAAAGCUUUUGAACGUGUACGCCAGGCGGCCGACUAUAUGCCCGAUUGGCAAGUGGAGCGCGUAAUGAUUACACAAUUGGGCCCCGAUUGGCGUAAUCUUUUGGAAAGUUUCGAUGAGAAACCAUUUGCGGCGGCUUCCAUUGGGCAGGUACAUCGCGCUACAUUAAAAGAUGGCAUGCAAGUGGCUAUAAAAAUUCAAUAUCCUGGCGUGGCGCAAAGCAUCGAAAGUGAUAUUGAUAAUUUAGUAGGCAUGCUUAAAGUAUGGGAUGUCUUUCCGCACGGCUUCUUCAUUGACAAUGUGGUCAAGGUGGCCAAACGUGAACUAAAUUGGGAAGUAGAUUAUACACGUGAAGCUGAAUAUACAGAUAAAUUUAAGCAGAUGAUUGCACCCUAUCACGAGUACUAUGUACCGAAGGUCAUUAAAGAAUUGACUACAAGCAGCGUACUGACUACAGAAUUAGUGCCAGGUGUACCAUUGGACAAGUGCUUCGAUUUAAGCUAUGAGCAUCGCCAUCACAUUGCUUCGUCUAUACUCAAGUUGUGCUUGCGUGAGCUGUUCGAGUUGGAGUGCAUGCAAACCGAUCCGAAUUGGUCGAAUUUCCUUUAUGAUGUUGAUACGAAAAGACUAAUGUUAAUUGAUUUUGGUUCAACGCGUUUCUAUCAAAAGCAAUUCAUACGCAAUUAUCGGCAGGUAAUAAUGCACGCUGCAGAGAAUAAUCGUGCAGGUGUCUUGCGCAUGUCACGCGAAAUGGGCUUUCUCACAGGUUAUGAAACCAAGCAAAUGGAAGAGGCGCAUGUGGAUGCUGUUAUGAUACUUGGCGAAAUAUUUCGCUUUGAUGGUGAUUUUGAUUUCGGCCGGCAGAACACUACCGAACGCAUUGCACAUUUAGUACCCACAAUGGUCGCACAUCGCCUUUGUCCACCGCCAGAGGAAAUCUAUUCCAUACAUCGCAAAUUAUCUGGUAUAUUUUUGCUGUGCUCACGCCUAAAUGUACGACUUAAUUGUCGGCCGUACUAUGAUGAAAUUGUUAUUCAGAAGUUCAAGGAGUAAUAUUGGAAAGGCACAAACUGUUAGGUAUAUAUACAGGAAGAAAUGUUUACUUUAGAAAAAUGCAUAUAAAAAUAUAUUUUAUAUGCACUUAUGUAUUUCAAUAUAUAGAUAUACAUACGUUGCCUUUAUAAUACGAUCGCCUUGCUGUUUUUCUAACAAUUUUAAGUAUAUUUGUAAGACAAGCUGUUGUUUGUUCGUGUAUUUAAGGUACUUAGGUGGAUUUGUAACUUGUCUUAAAUCGUACAGCCGUAUUUUUGUUUAGUUUAAGCAUACAGUUAAAUUAAAUAAAUGAAAUAAAAUGAUUAAUGUAGCUUACCACAUUCAAUACCAUAGCACGGCUCUCACGACAGCUGGCCAGACGUAACCGACCUAGAUUUUAUAAUUGGCCUUGUAUAUUCACUUCACCAGAAUUCCCUAAAACACACAACAAGCAAUGCAUUCUAUGCAAUUUAUGCGGAAAAAUGCUUAGGAUUUCACUUUACACACACUUAAAUUAACUUUAACACUUAUUUGGGGAUUUUUUAAGCGGUAUACUACGUUUUACACUUCUCAAAUACACUCUUCUGAAAGACUCUGGCUUAAGUACUUUACAUACAAAACUAAAUUAACUGUUUUUUUCUAUUAAAUAUCACCUCACUUCUAAUUUUUACUUUAAUUUCUAAUUUCUCAUUUGUAACCCGACGCGCACUCACUUGUAUUUUAAUUUCAACAU